AUGGGCUUGUGUCUAUGGGGAACUCUCAUGUUCCUCUCCCUCUUCGUCCACCAUCUGACGAGCCAAGAUCCCAACACCGACGCCUUUUACCUCUCUACCUUCUUGUCCAGAAUGGGUUUACCCAACUCUUCCCAAGAUCACACAUUUUCUUCUUCUUCUUUAUGUUCUUGGCCUGGAGUGGUCUGUGACUUACAGAGAGAGUACGUGCUCCACUUCUCGGCUUCUGAGUCUGACCUUUCCGGUUCCAUCCCGGACAACACCAUCGGAAAAAUGAGAAUGCUCCAAUCUUUGGAUCUCAGUGGCAACAAGAUUACGUCUCUGCCCUCGGAUUUGUGGAGUCUAGGCUCGCUCAAGCGUCUCAAUCUCUCCUCCAACAGGAUUUCUGAGAAUCUUUCCAGCAACAUAGGCAACUUCGAGUCGCUUGAGAGCCUUGAUCUUUCUUUCAACAGCUUCUACGGCGAAAUCCCUGCAGCUAUAAGCUCCCUCGUCGGUCUAACAACAAUAAAGCUCCACAACAAUGGCUUUCAGUCUCGCGUCCCUCCAGGUCUUCUCAACUGCCGAUCUCUAGUCUCCAUCGACCUCUCAUCGAACCGGCUCACCGGGCCUUUGCCUGUUGAUUUUGGCUCAGCCUUCCCACGGCUAAAAAGCUUGAACCUUUCACAGAACCUGUUACAAGGUUCAUUGAUGGGAGUCUUGCAUGAAAACGUCGAAACACUUGAUCUCAGUGAAAACCGAUUUGAUGGGCACAUAUUGCAGUUAAUAGCCGGCUACAACCACAACUUGUCAAGUCUAAUUCAUCUUGACUUGUCAGAGAAUCGUUUCGUCGGCCAUAUACUGAAAGGCCUGAGCUCAUCUCAGAAGCUGCAAUACCUUAACCUCGCGUGCAAUCGAUUCAGGGCACAAGCAUUCCCGCAAAUCACCAAGCUUUCAUCUCUACGCUAUCUGAAUCUAUCCAGGACCAAUCUGUCAAGUAUCGUUCCUCGUGAAAUCUCGCUGCUGAAUCAUCUCAAGGUUCUUGAUCUCUCCUCCAAUAAUCUUACUGGCCAUGUGCCUAUGUUGAGCCUCAAGAACAUUGAAACGCUUGACCUCUCGCUGAAUAAGCUAGAGGGAGACAUUCCAAGACCGGUUAUGGAGAAACUCCCAAAGAUGCAGAGGUUUAACUUCUCCUUCAACAAUCUUACCUUCUGCAACCCAAACUUCUCUCAAGGAGUGAUCCAGACAUCCUUCAUUGGCUCCACAAACAACUGCCCCUUCGCUGCAAAGCCAAAUGUUCAAAAGGGAACGAAAGUCAGCAAGAAGAAUACAGCGCUUAAGAUUGGCUUGGCGUUAGCAAUCUCCAUGGCGUUCUUGCUUGUUGCGCUGUUGCUCAUACUUGUGGCCUUGAGGGGUAGAAGAAAAUCAAGAACAUGGGCAACGAAGCAAGCCGCGGAACUCAACUUGUCAGACCAAAAUGAAUCAACCGAUGUCUCAGUGGUGAUGAUCGACAAGCCGUUGAUGAAGAUGACGUUUGCAGACCUCAAGGCUGCGACUUUCAACUUCGACAGAGGCGCAUUGCUGUGGGAAGGCAAGUCUGGUCCUACCUACGAAGCAGUCUUACCCGGUGGAUUCAGAGCAGCUCUGAAAGUUAUCCCAAGUGGAACCACAGUGACCGAUCACGAAGCCACGAUUGCGUUUGAGCGCCUCGCCCGUAUCAAUCACCCAAAUCUUGUCCCGCUCUGUGGAUACUGCAUAGCCGCAGAGCAACGGAUCGCGAUUUACGAAUACCUCGACAAUGUUAAUUUGCAGAGUUUGCUCCAUACAGAAGACGAUUCUGCACCGUGGAGACUCCGGCAUAAGAUAGCUUUGGGGACGGCGAGGGCGUUGGCUUUCCUCCAUCAUGGCUGCAUUCCUCCGGUGGUCCACGGGGAAGUGAAGGCUAGAACAAUCUGCUUAGACUCCAGCCAGGAACCGCAAUUAGCAGAAUUUGGUUUAGCGAAGCUCGUGGACGAGGGUUUUGCCGGAGGAUUAGACGGAUACGCACCGCCGGAUCUGGAGGAACAUGGCUCUCCGACAUUAGAAUCCGACGUUUACAGCUUUGGAGUUGUUCUGCUUGAGCUCGUGAGCGGGAAGAAGCCGGAGUGGGACUUGGUGAACUGGGUGAGAGGUCUGGUGAGGCAGGGAGAAGGAUCGAGAGCCAUCGAUCCGACGAUGCGAGAGACAGGUACGACGGAGCAGAUUGCGGAGGCGGUGAAGAUAGGGUACUUGUGCACCGCCGAUCUGCCAUGGAAGCGACCCACGAUGCAGCAGGUGGUUGGGCUUCUCAAAGACAUUUCGCCCAACAGUUGUUAA